CGCGAUAUUUUCAGUGAACGCCGUCGCCGCCGGGAUUGGAGAUUGGAAUAGCAGAAAACUGCAUACAAAAUUUAGAGAAAAUAUACAAAUAACAUGGAAAAUCCCACCUACAUUUUUUAUAUCACGAUGGCGUUAAUGGAUCAAAACUUCCGCCAGAAUCAUUUCGGAGAACCCUGUGGAACCGCAACUCCUCCAUCCCUUCACUUCCAGCCGAAGAAAAAUCCCUAAUUCCGCAGACCCUCAACAGCCUACUACCUCACCCAAUUGAAAGAUUAACUCGGCGGAGCACUGCAUGUCUCAGAAUGAGACGAUGUCUUAUACUUCGUAUGUUUUUUAUGGUGAUACUGUCACCAUUGGUACGCUGCAUCUCCAGCUCAGCCGUGCCUCAGACGUUUCUCUCCGAUCAGAGCAGCCUUGACUCCAGCCCUUUCAAAUCCCUUCUGCCCCCGAUCCCCAAGCGUGAAGUUGCCGUGGUGGCUGCUUUGGAUGGCACUAUUUACUUGGUGGAUGCUAGUUCAGGGAAGAUUCGCUGGUCUUUCCCUACUGGGUCGCCUAUAUAUUCUUCUUAUCAGGCUACACUUGAUACGGACGAUGAUGGGCUUAACGCUUCUGAAUUGAGCAACGACUUAUAUUAUGUCGACUGUGGGGAUGAUUGGGACCUCUAUCUGCAUAGCAAGCACCUGGGUAAACUGCAAAAACUGUCUCUAAGUGCUGAUGAGUACAUCAGGAGGACACCACACAUAUCAGAGGACGGUGAGAUUACAUUGGGUUAUAAAAAGACUACUGCAUUUCUUGUUGAUGCCAAGACUGGAAAGGUAGUUCGCUCUUUUGCACUGGAUAGCCCUUCACCUAAUAGGGAUGGUGCGGAAGAAAAUGCCCUUCGUUUGAUAAAUGGCCCGGAAAAGUUGGUUGAAGCAGGUGUUGCUGACUUGGGAACUCUUGAGAAUCUGGUUUACAUCACAAGGACAGAUUAUGUGUUGCAGCACUACUUGCCAAACUCCAGUAAAGUCCUCUGGAAUGUGGCUUUUGCAGAGAUUGAGGCUGAAUUUCGAUGUCAGGAUGGUCGGAGUUUCUUCGAUGGGAUUUCUCCUGAUGCAGAUGUGGGAAGAAAUGAAAUUGAAUGGCAAUUUCCUUGUCAAGUGAAGACGGCUGCUGUGCGCAUUCGGGAUCAAAACUUGCUGCCAUUUGAGAAACUAGCAAUUAGUUAUCCCGGACUUGGACGCAGAGCUCAGUUCUUACCUGCCAAGGAUCAGCUUCCCGCUUUAGAGCCUGUUUACAGACUUCCAGCUGCUCUUCCCACCAAUGCAGGCAGAUCCACUCUUGCUUUGCCUUCAUCGGAUAUCUUGAGUGAGAAUGCUCUUGUACCAAAGAGUACCAGUUGGCCUUCUGAAAUUGCAGCCAAGUCUCAAAUGUGGUCCAGCAUAGUCACUAUUGUCUCCGUUCUUAGUAUCAUCAUCUACAAUUAUAUUGCGGGUAGGAAACGGAGCAAACUGAGUAAACCAGUAGAACCUAAAAUGCAAACUGGAAUGCAUAAGAAAAAGAAGAAUAAGAGAACAGGAACAGGAAAUAACAAGAACCAUUCCUCAAAGACAAAUGUGUCUCUGGAAGGUAAGGUUGGAGGCCCUGAUGAAACCGAGGAUUGUGAAGGGAAUAAUAGAAAGAUACCACAAAGUCUUAUGGAUCUUAUUGAUGGUCAUGUAGACGGACGUAGAAUUGGUAGGUUAUUAGUUUCAAGCAAAGAAAUUGCUAAGGGUAGUAAUGGAACGGUGGUGCUUGAGGGGGUGUAUGAUGGCCGUCCUGUAGCUGUUAAACGCCUUGUGCAGACCCAUCAUGAUGUUGCUAUCAAAGAGAUUCAGAAUCUUAUCGCCUCUGAUCAGCAUCCCAAUAUUGUUAGAUGGUACGGCGUGGAGCAUGAUCAAGAUUUCAUUUAUCUUGCUCUGGAGCGUUGCAGUUGCAGCUUGAGUGACUUUAUUUAUGUUCAUUCUGGUAUAUUUCAAAACCAAAUGAACUGUGAGGGACAACAACCUGGCAGUUUGCCUGAAUCUACUGUCAGGGUUUGUACAAUCCUGCAGCAGAAUAAGAACAUUGAGUUGUGGAAAUCAAAGGGUUACCCUUCUCCCCUUCUGUUAAAACUGAUGAGAGACAUUGUUUCUGGCCUGGCCCAUCUGCAUGAACUUGGGAUAAUUCAUCGGGACUUGAAGCCUCAGAAUGUCUUGAUAAUCAGCGAGAAAUCAUACUGUGCUAAACUUUCAGAUAUGGGUAUUAGCAAGCGCCUUCUUGGAGGCAUGUCUUCCUUAACUCAACAUGCAACUGGCUAUGGAAGUUCAGGCUGGCAAGCUCCUGAACAACUUCUCCAAGGGCGGCAAACACGUGCAGUAGAUUUAUUUAGUUUAGGCUGUGUUUUAUUCUUCUGCAUUACAGGGGGCAAGCACCCGUUCGGGGACAGCAUUGAACGAGAUGUAAAUAUUGUGAAUGAUAGGAAAGACUUAUUCCUGAUAGAGAACAUACCAGAAGCCGUUGAUCUAUUCACUUCCCUCCUGGAUCCCAACCCAGAUAAGAGACCAAAGGUCGAAGAAGUUGUGGUUCAUCCCUUGUUUUGGCCACCAGAGAAGAGACUCACAUUCCUUCAGGACGUGAGCGAUCGUGUUGAACUGGAAGACCGAGAAACCGAGUCAGACCUUCUUACUGUAUUAGAGAGCAUCGGAAUUACAGCAUUAAAUGGCAAGUGGGACGAGAAGAUGGAAGCCACAUUCCUGAACAAUAUCGGCCGUUACAGACGGUACAAGUUUGACAGUGUCAGAGACUUGCUCCGUGUCAUACGUAACAAGUCCCAUCACUACAGAGAGCUUCCUAAGGAGAUCCAGGAGCUGCUUGGGUCACACCCUGAAGGUUUCGAGAGCUACUUCUCUAAUCGGUUCCCUAAUCUCCUGAUCGAGGUGUACAAAGUGAUCUGCAGCCAUUGCGCAGAGGACGACUUCUUCAGGAAGUACUUGCAGACAAAUUUAAUCUAACCUAACCAGUAUAGCAGUUGUAGAAAAGGCUAAUUGUAAUGCAUAGCAAUAUGGCAUUGGCAAUCUGUUGUACACAAGAACAUGCGGGUGUUUACAUGUGAAAUAAUAGUUCAGUUUUCAGUUUUAGAGCAUGAUCAUCUGAAUAUAUGAACAGAACAUGUAGAUAAGUUGAUUAUUGGUUUUAAGAUGGGGACG